CACCUUAACAAAACACCCAAAAAUAAAAUAGAUAAAAAUUCCUCUGAAGUCUGAACUCAUCAUCUCUAACGAGCACCUGGAUUCUCUGUACAAAAUCGUAUAACAUGUGUCAUCUCCGAUCCUACCUUUUUUUCCUUUUUUCGCCUGGUUAGUAGCCGACCUCUCUCUCGCUCUCUCUCCCCAUAUAUUAUUGCAUAACGUGCACACAAAGGGCAAAGAAAAGUUUUUUGAGCUAACAUACCCACGCCAUCUUUCCGAGAAAACCAACCUUUCGGUACAAGAGUUCCCGGAGUCGCUUUUGCUCAUUAACCUUUACAACUAAUAUAACCAGAAAUGCCUUCCUCCAUAUAAUGGUAACCUGCAAUUUCUUCUGAAAACUCUUUGGAAACAAUUCAUAUUCAGUCCAAAACCUCUGGUCACCAUGGAAGUCAGCCUGCUUUUCUUUCUUCUAACCCGUCUCUUCGUGAACUCAGAAUCAAUUAGCAGAGUUGAUUUCUCGGAUGGGUUCGUUUUUGGAACAGCUUCCUCUGCUUACCAGUUUGAGGGGGCUGUGAAUGAAGGAAACAAGGGAGCUAGCAUAUGGGAUACUUUUGCAAGGCAACCCGGAAGGAUUUUAGAUUUCAGCAAUGCAGACGUGGCUGUCGAUCAGUAUCAUCGAUUCAAGAGUGAUAUAGAGUUGAUGAAGGAUUUAGGAAUGGAUGCUUACAGAUUCUCAAUAUCGUGGUCGAGAAUCUUUCCAAAUGGAACAGGAGAACCAAACCCAGAAGGCAUAAACUACUACAACUGCCUCAUAGAUGCUUUACUGGAAAAAGGAAUCCAGCCUUAUGUAACUCUAUAUCACUGGGAUCUUCCACAGAUGCUUGAAGAUGAAUACGAAGGAUGGUUGAGCUCUCGGAUAGUAAAAGACUUUGAGAAUUAUGCCUUCACCUGCUUUCAAGCUUUUGGAGAUAGAGUAAAGCACUGGAUCACCUUCAAUGAACCUCGUGGUUACUCAAUCCAAGGUUAUGACUUAGGCGUUCAAGCUCCUGGAAGAUGUUCUCUUCUUGGUCAUCUGUUCUGUAAAAUGGGAAAAUCGUCCACUGAACCAUACAUUGUCGCCCACAACAUCCUCUUGUCUCAUGCUGCCGUUUAUCAUGGUUAUCAGCAGCAUUUCAAGGAAAGACAAGGGGGUCAAAUAGGAAUAGCUCUGGAUGUCAAAUGGUAUGAACCCAUAUCUGAGAGUGAUGAGGAUAAAGAUGCAGCACACAGAGCAAUUGAUUUUGGGCUUGGAUGGUUCCUUGAUCCACUUAUAUUCGGCGAAUACCCUCUUUCAAUGAAGAAACUUGUUGGUGGGAGAUUACCAAACAUUUCAUGUGCAAUCUCAAAAUCCCUCGCCGGAUCCUUUGAUUUUGUUGGCAUAAACCACUAUACCACAUUGUAUGCCCGGAACGACAGAACAGGGAUUCGGAAACUGAUACUGCAGGAUGCCUCAUCCGAUGCUGCUGUCAUUGCAACCCCAUACCGAAGUGGAGUUGCUAUCGGAGAAAGAGCAGCUUCCCGUUGGCUACAUAUAGUCCCAUGGGGCAUCCGAAAGUUGGCAAGAUAUGUGAAGGAUAAGUAUGGGAACCCCCCAAUGAUUAUAACAGAAAAUGGUAUGGAUGAUCCAAAUAAAGCGUCUAUAGCUUUAGACAAGGCUUUACAGGACGAGAAAAGGAUAAGAUUCCAUAGGGACUAUCUCUCAAAUCUAUCUGCUGCUAUAAGGGAAGACAACUGCAAUGUACGUGGUUAUUUCGUGUGGGCUUUGCUUGACAACUGGGAAUGGAACUUCGGCUAUAGUGUGCGGUUUGGACUCUACUACGUGGAUUACAAGAAUAACCUGACAAGAAUUCCCAAAGAUUCUGUUCGAUGGUUCAAAAGCAUUCUCAGAGAAAAAAAGAUGAUCCAAGAUUGAAUUUACUUUGUUGUUGUUGAAUACAACAUAUAAAGUCAAAACACUUCAAUUUAUCAUUUUUUUUAACGAAGAUUGCAUUAAAUUCAAAACAAAGUACAGUAGGCAGAUGUGGGGUUCCAAUUUUAACGUGUAGAUUCCAUGAGAAACUCCCUGUGUCUCUGUAACCAUAAUAAAUUUUAUGAAACUUCCUUUAUUUUCA